AUGGACGACGCCAUUCCACUGCUAGACACGCCGAAAAGGAAAUCAAUCCAGUCGCGAGCAGAUGCGCUUCGAACCGCUCUCAAGGACUUUGAACGGAGUUUUGCGGCCAAGAACGAUGGCCGGAAGCCCAGUAAAGAGGACAUCAAGACCGAUGCGGUUGUUGCAGCAAAAUACAAAGAGUACAACAAGGUGCGGGACGUCUUAGCAGGCAGGCUCAGUCUCGAUGUACUCCAUGCUCCUCAAACUCGACGGAGACAUGAGCAUACCCGGACAGACAGUGCGAUCAGCCUAACGCCCAAUCGACCACGGCAUAUCGUCAACACUCCCUCAAAAGCGCGCCUGCAUCCGAACGACAUCGAUCCAUAUGACGCACCUUCGUCGAUUUCGCCAAAGGUCAUCCCCAGCGCAAUUGGACCGACACCGCGGCGAGAUGGAACCGUGCUAGGAAUAUUCGAUUUGCUUCCGAGGUCCGGGUCAGCAAGAACUGCUACCUCUCAAGAGACCCCUUCGAGUAGAAAGAGGAAGAUUGACUGGCUGUUUGAUACCCAGGAUGGAGACAAAGGGUUGAACGUCGCGAUUGCACAAACACCGAGUCAAAGGCGGAGCAAACAGGCAGAGAAUGGGCCUGGAUCUAUGUUGACUAUCACUCCACGGUCACAUGUCUUGAAUACAGGAAGAAGACAGCAUUCCAAGACGCCAGCGAGUGAAGGCAAGAAGUUCAUGCUCAACCACUUUUUCGCGACGCCGAGUGCCAUCCGAUUCGCCACUAUGAUCGACGCAGAUGAUGCCGAUGUCCAUGCCAAAUCUCCAGCCCAAAGCAGCAAAACUCCGUUGCGGGAUAUCGUUCUGGGGCGAUCACCAUCAAAGGAUGACGGAGCAGUAGUUACAAUGGAUGCCACCCCGCCCUACUUGAAGCGAUCCUUCUCAUUUAAAGAGAGACUGCUAUCCGCCUCUGCAGGCUCCACUACUGUGUCGUCGUCGUGGAAGAACGCCACUAGCCCGACCUUGCGCAGGGCAGGCCCACGGACGCUUCGACAUGCCAAGUUCGGCCCGAAGCCGCUCAGCCAGAUGAUUGCAGACCUCCAGAGCCAAAGCGCCGAAGUGAGAGAUGAACAUGACGACGAUCUCGACGCUUUGCGUGAGAUGGAAUCGACUAAGCUCAAUAUCCUCGUCGGCGAUAGUCAAGUGGAGGAAACCCCCACCGAGGUUGAUCACGGCCCCUCGGCAGAGCCAGUCAGGACAUGGACGAAGAAGGGACAGAAGAGAACAACAAGACGUGUGAUCAUGAGACCUGUGAGAAUGAAGCCUGCUGAACUACCCAAAUUUGUUGCUGCAGAGGAAGACGACGACGACGAGUUAGCGUUGGAUAAUCAGUGUGAUGACGAGGACGAUGUCAAUGACACGUCACGUAUGGAAGAAACCCAGAUUGACUCAGCUAUUGGCCCUGAACCAGAAUCUGAUGUAGACUCUGAACUUGACUACCUCAUCGCGCAGGCAGAGCGAGACGGCGAUGAAGAUGAGUUUUUCCCGGAGAACGAGCAGUGUACGACCUCGCCGAGAAAAGGCGCGGGUGCGAAAAAGAAAGCGAGUGCAACAUCAAGACAACCUCAACUCGAGUCCGAUAUCUCGGGAAAGAGAAUAUCGAAAACCUCUUCAAGGCACAAGGGCAAGAAGGCCGCCCUAGGAACCGAGGGAGACGAAGUCGCCAUGAGGACAAUCAAUCCCAAUGCCCACAGUCACAUGAACUUCCGUAGUCUGAAGAUCAAGAACAAGAACUCAAAGGCAAAAGGACGUGGGCGGUAUGGGAGGGGGAGGAGAUGA